AUGAUUGAUGACACAGCAGCCAGCAAACUACAGGCCAUUCGUCUGUCCAAUAAUACCAUUGGCAGGCGCAUGUAUGAUAUGUCAAAGGACAUAGAGGAUCCGCUUAAUGAUAAGGUGCGUGACAGCCGCUUGUCUAUGCAGAUGGAUGAAGCCACUGACAUCAAGUACAUCAUCACACGACCAGAGAAAGCCCAGAUUUUUCCGGCACUAUGCGACCACAUGGCCGCUCUGUAUCACAGCAAGUCCCGAUGGCUGUCACGUGACAUGCAGCAAUCUCCAUCAGCAGGGGCGGCAUCGGGCACCGUGGUCGUGGUUUUACGCCGGGACCACAGCAUCACCAGAAAGCAACUGCCGGCACUGGGGGUGAUUCAGAUCAUAGUUGCUCUGACUGUCAUGGUCUUUGGGAUCCUGAGGGCAACACGGUCCAAAGGUCUGGUGUCUGAUUCCUUGGUGUACAUCUGGGGACCAGUGUUGUUCAUCAUAGCUGGAUGUAUGAACAUAUAUGAUGGGACUUCAGAGAGACGAUCAGGAACUCAUCUCUGUGAUAUCACCAUACCUGUACUUCAGGUUAAAAGCGUCGUGGCUUUAAAUUUCGCCGCUGGUGGGGCUUCAUUUGUUGCCGCACUCCUCUUCUUCCUAGAUGUAUUUCAAUCGUUCAACAGUCCAUUUUCAGGAUUUUCAGCCAUGCUGUGCUUGGUUGAGCUGAGCCUGUGUGGCAUUUCUCUAGGAGUAGGGGACUCUAAUGGCAGUUACAAUCCCACAUUUCAGAUGCCAUGUACCAUCACCAAUCAGCAUUACGGAACUGCCUCAGUGACUGCACAUACCUGAACCCACCCGCAGCAAUGGCUCUGCCCUGCCCUCAUCCAAGCUCUACACAAGUGUCUGAUAGUUCCGCUCAAAGGAGUGAUGGGUCAACAUUGUUAGUCAUGUAAUCUUCUUACUAUUGAAUAAAAAUACUCCAGAUUUACCUUUAUGUUGCCGUGACACUUAAGGUGCUUUGCAGCUCUGAAAGAUCCAAAGAAUCAAUAAACUGA